AUGGCUAUCCUCGUCUCAUUUCAUUUCUUCCUGCAAAAAUCAUUGGGAGGACACAAGCACUGGAAGGCAAAAUCUGAGGCUGCCAAGAUGAGGUUCUGGUCUCUGCUCAUCGUGGCAUGGCUGCCAGUUCUGCAGGUCCUCCUCGUAGGAUUGCUCGGAGCUCUUCUCGCAUCCCAUCGUUUUAACGUUCUCACAUCUGAUGCUCGAAGGAACAUCAAUAAGAUUGUUUAUAUCGUCUUCGUUCCAUCGCUCGUCUUCUCUAGCUUGGCGAGCACUGUCACUCUCAAGGACAUCAUCUCCUGGUGGUUCAUGCCAGUGAACAUGGGCAUCAUAUUUCUUUUUGGAGCAGUUCUAGGAUGGGUGUCUGUCAAAGCCUUCAGACCUAGAGAACAUCUUCAGGGGCUCGUCAUUGCUUCUUGCUCGUCAGGUAACUGGGGCACUAUUCCGUUAAUGAUUGUUCCAGCAAUUUGCAACGAGGAGGGUAGUCCCUUUGGGGACGCCAAUACCUGCAACUUGCUUGGUCUCUCCUAUGUCUCGUUAUCAAUGGCGCUCGGAAGUUUCUACAUAUGGACGCACAGCUACAGUGUCAUGAAGAGAUCUGCUAAAAUGUACAAGGCAAAAUGGAUAGGCAAGACGAUGAUCGAACCUAUUAUGGUGAUAUCCAUCAUUGUCAUACGCUACAUCAUCCUCCCUGCUUGCGGCAUCGGUAUCGUCACCGUAGCCACCAAGCUUGGGGUCCUACCAAGAUCUCCCCUGUACCGCUAUGUGCUCCUGCUGCAGUCCACAGUUCCUCCAGCCAUGAGCAUUGGUAAUGCAAAUUCCGCUCCUGUUGUCUGUAUUAGAAAUGCCCCAGUAUCUUGA